CCAGGUAGGGCGGCUGAGAAGAAGGCGGUGGGGGAGUUUGUUGUUGUUUUGGUCUAUCGGAGGUUUACUGGCUGCUUCCGCCCCAGUAGAGGCUCUUAUCCAGGGGAAUCAGAACCGCCAGACCCGCUGAGGAACCGGAACCUUUGAGACCCGCAGCGUCGAGCGGAACCAGCCCGGAAACGGCCACCAUGAAGUGGAUGUUCAAAGAGGAUCACUCCCUGGAACAUCGAUGCUUAGAGUCCACCAAAAUCCGCAGCAAGUACCCGGACCGGGUCCCGGUGAUCGUGGAGAAGGUGUGCGGCUCUCAGAUCGUAGACAUUGACAAGAGGAAGUACCUGGUCCCGUCUGACAUCACGGUGGCUCAGUUCAUGUGGAUCAUCAGGAAACGGAUCGCGUUGCCGUCAGAGAAGGCCAUCUUCCUGUUCGUGGACAAGACCGUGCCGCAGUCCAGCAUCACCAUGGGGCAGUUGUACGACAACGAGAAGGACCAGGACGGCUUUUUAUACGUGGCAUACAGCGGAGAGAACACCUUCGGCUCUUAGGGACCCGUCUCCGCCCUGCUGGCUCUUAGGGACCCGUCUCCGCCCUGCUGGCUCUUAGGGACCCGUCUCCGCCCUGUCGGCUGUGAUCCGGUUGGAUGAGACUGUCAGCGAUGGUCCUCCACCUUUCUGCAGAUUUACGUUCAAAGUGUGACUUUUCCAGGAACUUUGGUUUCAUGUUUUUUCAUGAUUUUAGAAGGACCCAGUUUGAUUCUUCUUCUUGCUUUUUUAAAUUAAGUCUGUGAAUGAGUUUAUUUUAAUGCUUUUGUUUUUCUUUGAAGACAAUAUUUUAUUUUAAUCUAAAGAAAUGUAAUUUAAUAAUCUGAGGGUGAGGUAGCUGGAUGACCUAACCAAUAAAAGAUGGAAA